GGCGCUCUCCAAUGAGCACAGGGAUCUUUCUGUUUCCUCACUUCCUCUGUCUCGCUCAGGGCUCGCCUCGAAACUCCUGCGCUGUUGGGCAGCCAUCUUGGAUCUCGCUUUGAACGAGAGGCGACAGAAGCGGCUGUUCGGGUGGAAUGGAACCGUCAACGAGUGUAACUUCCCUGCGGCUCCGACGCCUGUGAUUACCCGCUUUACCCCGCUGCUGCCGUUACCAGUGAAUGUACCGGACAGUCCAUUUGAAGGAUCGCUCGAUGAGCAGAUUGUCUUUGGGGGAGAUCGCAGCGGAGGCCCCGUGAAGUGCAAUUUUCUCUAUUCUUACUUGAACCGGACAUCCGAAAUAUGAAGCAGACAGCGACGCCAGGCCUGAAAGUAUUAUGUUUUUAACAGUGCACAAGUUAACCGGCCUCGUUCGCUUUUCAGGGAUCUAUUAGAUGGCGCGCGCUCGGUAAUAAAACGCAGUAACGUCAGGAAUAUUUCUCCCAAACUUUUAACAACUUUGUUACCUGCUUUAGAAGCAAAUCAAUGAUAUUGACCACUCGUGUAAUCGGUCAGAUAUAUUCCCCCCUUCGCUGCAACGCAAAACCUGCUGCUUAAAUUGUAAUUCCGGGAAAGCAGCUUUCCAUCAACACUAUGUCAACAACAAGAGCCCCCCUGCCCACCGUCAACGAGCGGAAGGCUGAAAACCAUACAACGAAUGGCCAUGGCCGAGGGGAGGUGACCUCUCGAUCUGUGAGGUCGAGUGGUCGAAACCGAAAUUCUGGCUCAGGAUUGGAUGAUGUGCACCCUCUUGUUGGGAAUUACCGGCUACUAAAAACCAUUGGAAAGGGCAACUUCGCCAAGGUCAAACUGGCUCGCCAUAUCCUCACAGGAAGCGAGGUGGCAAUAAAAAUGAUUGAUAAAACUCAACUGAAUCCAACAAGCCUUCAAAAGCUUUCCAGAGAAGUCACAAUCAUGAAGAAUUUAAACCACCCAAAUAUUGUCAAACUGUUUGAGGUGAUAGAGACUGAGAAGACGCUGUUUCUUGUGAUGGAAUAUGCCAGCGGAGGUGAGGUGUUUGACUACCUAGUGGCUCAUGGGAGGAUGAAAGAGAAAGAGGCCAGAGCUAAAUUUAGACAGAUUGUGUCAGCUGUGCAGUAUUGUCACCAAAAACACAUUGUACACCGAGACCUGAAGGCUGAAAAUCUGCUGCUAGAUGCUGAUAUGAAUAUAAAGAUAGCUGACUUUGGCUUCAGUAACGAAUUUAUGGUGGGAAAUAAGCUGGACACGUUCUGUGGCAGCCCCCCUUAUGCUGCCCCCGAGCUCUUUCAGGGUAAGAAGUAUGACGGGCCGGAGGUGGACGUGUGGAGUUUGGGGGUCAUACUCUACACGCUGGUCAGCGGCUCCCUGCCCUUCGAUGGACAGAAUCUCAAGGAACUGCGUGAACGUGUGUUACGUGGUAAAUAUAGGAUCCCUUUUUACAUGUCCACUGACUGUGAGAAUCUUCUCAAGAGGUUCUUGGUUCUAAACCCAGCCAAGAGAGGAACGUUAGAGCAAAUCAUGAAGGAACGCUGGAUCAAUGCUGGCUUUGAGGACGAUGAGCUCAAACCCUUCCUUGAGCCAGAGGCAGACAUUUCCGACCAGAAGAGAAUAGAUGUGAUAGUGGGCAUGGGCUUCUCCAGAGAGAAGAUCCAAGAGUCUUUGUCCAAAAUGAACUAUGACGAGGUCACAGCCAUAUACUUACUGCUGGGCAGGAAGACCAAUGAGGAGGUCAGUGACUCCAGCUCCAAUAGUAAUCUUUCCGUGGCAAAGACCAGGCCCACCAGUGAGAUGAACGGCCAAUCACCUUCUCAUCUGAAGGUCCAGAGAAGCGUUUCCUCCAGUGAAUCCAGAAAAUCCAGACGCCAUAGUGAUCAAGUUGGUGGUGUGGUCACUAACUCAGCAUUGAGUAACUCCAAGAGGACGGUCCCUGUCACAGCCGAUGGUGAUGUCAAACAGGAAGGUGGAGUAACAGCACGUAAGCCCCCCACUCACAGCCCCCCCAGCCCACUCCAGGGUAACACCAACAAAACAGACAUACCAGACCGGAAGAGAGGCAACUCCAUCACACCUAAUAAUAACUCUGGAUCAGGAGGCAUGUCAAGGAGAAACACAUACGUGUGCAGUGAGAGAAACAACACAGACCGCCUUUCUGUCAUUCCUAACGGGAAAGAGAACAGUGUGUCUUUGUCUCCUGGCUCACGUGACCCUGGUGCCUCCACUCACAGCAUCAGCACUGCUGCCACACCCGAUAAAACACGAUUCCCACGAGGCUCCGCAAGCCGCAGCACCUUCCACGGACAACUGAGAGAUCGUCGCACGGCCACCUACAACGGCCCACCCGCCUCGCCUACGCAGCCUCGAAGCCGCGGUAACGCCAACAACCUGCUCACCAAGCUGACCUCCAAACUCACACGCAGAAAUAUGUCAUUCAGGUUUUCCAAAAGAGUCUCAACCGAGUUUGAGAGAAGCGGGAGAUUUGAGGGCUCAAGUCGCCAUGUAUCUGGGGAUCAGCAGAAAGAUGAAGGGAAAGAUGGAAAAGACGGGAAACCCCGCUCUCUCCGUUUCACCUGGAGUAUGAACACCACCAGCACCAUGGAGCCAGCCGACAUCAUUAAUGAGAUCCGCAAAGUUUUGGACAACAACAGCUGCAGUUACCAGCAGCGCGAACGCUUUCUGCUUCUCUGUUCCCAUGGGGACACCCGCACCGACAGCCUCGUCCAAUGGGAGAUGGAGGUUUGCAAACUGCCCCGGCUCUCACUUAAUGGUGUCCGUUUUAAGAGGAUAUCUGGCAACUCCAUCGCGUUUAAAAACAUUGCUUCCAAAGUUGCAGGCGAACUCAAGCUAUGAAUAUCUUUAAUCUUACUACAUAGAGGAAUUUAUGAAAUGGUUCAAUUCAGUAUAGACAAACAAAUUAAGGUGUACAAUCGUAAAGUAGCAGUUUCCAAAUGUUUUUUUUUUUUUUUUUUUUUUUUAAAUAAACCACUUACAUGUAUUUGAAAAAAUGUAUAUACUGUAACAUUGCUUAAAGCAAUAAUUUCUUUAACAUCGGUCACACAAUUAUCGUAUUAUCGUUAAAUGCUGUAAAAAAAGAAGAGGUUUGAACCUUUCAGUGUUACGAUUGUAUGCACCGCUGAGAAUGUUCAGCGAGGAACCAACUCAUUGCCAUCACCAUCAUUUCAGACUGAUGAGUUGAAUCUGAUCAUUCAGGAAAUGGACACUAGAUGGAGAUUUGUGAGGUUUGUUUUAUUUUAGCUUUUUAACGGGCACUAUUCUGUGGUGGUUUUAAGUAUUGCGUGUUUUGGGCGGCUCUUGUGUAAAGGGUGCACCCGAAUCUUGACUUGCUUAAGACUUUUUGAAAAUUUGCUCUGCACCUCUGUGUAUUGAGGGUGCUCGUCUGUGAAAACGGCUGCAGUAAACCUGAUUGGAGCUCAGUUUCACUGUUUGAAUGUUAUUAAGAGCAACAUUUAGAUGUUUUAUAAUUUAUUUCACGUUAUUGCCCACUCAAGUGUAUUUUUUGUGUAAAUAUUGUACUUUAUGCGGUAAUUACACAUUUUCAUACUGUUUUGUUGGACUUCUUUUGAAACCAAGAGGGCAUCUUGUAAUCUCUUUCACUUAUAAGACUCACCACAGAUUCAAUUAAACUAUCUGUAACUCGUCACAGUGUUCCUUGCAGAGAUCUAAUACAGCUACAAAAUGAUCUCAA